AUGGGUUUUGUGCGAGGGCCUCGUCGUCACCAACGGCAACGCUGCCCACCCCACUUCCAGAGAUUCAGAGCAGCCAGUGCCUUGGAGUUUAUACCGCCACCUAUUGUCUCUCCAUCUGAUGUACGACAGAACUUCCACACUGACUGCGAGUCUGCUAUCAACAGACAUGUCCGGCUGCAGCUCUCCGCCUCCUACGUCUACCUGUCCAUGUGCUUCUACUUUGAUCGUGAAGACGUGGCCCUGGAGAACUUCUCACGCUACUUCCUAAACAAGUCCCACGAGUGUACUCGCAAUGCUGAGAUAUUUCUGGCCCUGCAAAACCAGCGCGGAGGUCGCGUCUCUCUCCGCACCAUCUACAAGCCAGACCGUGACAACUGGAUCGGCGGCCUCCCAGCUAUGGAGCGUGCUUUCCAGCUGGAGCUACACCUCAACCAAAGCUUUGUGGCCAUGUACCAGCUCGCGGCCAGAAAAAAAGACGGCCAUCUGUGUAGCUUCCUGCAGACACACUUUCUGCGCAGGCAAGUUGAAGUCCUCAAGAAGAUGAGCAGCUUCCUGAUCAGCAUGCGCCAGAUGGGAUCUCCAGAAGUCGGCAUGGCUGAGUAUCUCUUUGGAAAACUUAGCCUGGAUGACAACCCCAAAGAGAAGUGA